AUGACACCUUCUGCCAAUGGCGAGCGAGAGUACCAUCCUUACCAACACAUGUCGCUGUGCGCACAUGCUCGCACCGACAUCUAUCCCUGCAUGGGUGCAGAUGCUCACAUUGAUGUAGAUGCCCGCAUUGACGCGGAUGCCUGCAUUGACGCAGAUGCCCACAUCGAUGUGGAUGCCCGCAUCAAUGCGGAUGCUUGUAUUAACACAGAUGUCCGCAUUUAUGCUCAUGCAGAUGCCUUCUUACUGCUUUGUUACUAA